AUGGUUUUAGAGAAGAGCAGAUUAAGAUUGGAUGUUAAGGAAAAGUUCUUCACCAUAAGGAUGGUGAUAAAAUGGAACAGGUUGUGCAUGGAGGUUGCUGGGGCCUCAACCCUGGAGAGAUUCAAGGUUGUUAAUAAAAUUAUCCUGCAGUCAGGGGGGCUACGAGAAGCAUUUGCUGAACUAGAUAUGAGCAGCGAAGUUCUGCAGAUUGCCAUGUCUCCAGAAAAACCCUACUUCAGGUACUGGAGAGUUAUCCUGAACUUUGGGAAUGCAGGAAGUGCACAUCUGGACUACCCUAGGGACUCUGAUUUGAUGGAAGCGUUCCACUGUAACCAGACCCAGACAUGCAGGUACAAGAUUUCUUUGCUCAAACCAUCUACAAAGGCAUUGGCUUUAUCUUGUAAAGUGUCCAUUCGAACAGAUGGUCAAGGAUUUCUUUCACUGCAGUAUAUGAUUAGGAAUGAGGAUGGACAGAUCUGUUUUGUGGAAUAUUACUGUUGCCCUGAUGAGGAUGUUACUGAAACAGAACUGUAGCUGUAUGUUCUGGUAUCUGUUAACAUAUCUA